AUGAGUACGGCGCCGCCCAGUGACGACCAAUCAAACGUAGCUGAGGCUACCGCAACGAAGAUCGAUGCCGAGAAGAGCGACUGGUCCAAUCUCCCCAAAACUCAUCCUCUUCACCAUUUCGGGAUCGCUUUAGGAGGUACGGAAGGCAUUCUUGCAGGCACAGACUACAAUGAGAUGUACGGUGUGGAGCUUGUGCCCGGCACGGAGGACAAACCAGCACCGCACACCACUCUUCUCAUCUUGCAGAAGUUUCUUCGGGCAAACACAGGCGAUCUGGACCAAGCAAAAUCCCAGCUGAGCGCAGCUCUCAAAUGGAGGAAAGAGUACCAGCCUCUCAAGGCUGUGGACGAGGCGUUUGAUGGAGAGAAGUUCCGUGGACUGGGCUACAUUUCGAAGGUGAAGGCAGCUACCGAAACGAAAAACGAGGAGGACGUCGUUGCAUACAACAUCUACGGUGCUGCAGCCAAGGACAGCAAAAAGGUUUUUGGCGACACGGAUGCCUUCGUCCGCUGGCGUGUAGCUCAGAUGGAACUCACUCUCGCACAGCUCAACCUCAAUAAUGCUGAACAGACCAUUCCCGAUUAUGGAAAGGGACCGGAUCCUUACACUGCGAUCAAUGUGCACGACUACAUGUCCGUCUCUUUCUUUCGACAGCCGGCCGAAAUCAAAGCAUCAAGCAGCAAGCUCAUUGAUCUGUUCCAGAGAUACUACCCCGAGACCGUCUCGUACAAAUACUUUGUCAAUGUCCCAAUCGUCAUGCAGUGGAUGAUGGGAGCCAUGAAAGCCCUCAUGUCAAAGGACAGCAUACAGCGGAUGACAUGGAUGACCUAUGGCAACCAGCUGCAUACCUAUUUGGGAAGCGAUGUUCCCAAAGAGUACGGGGGCACGGGCCUUCCUCUGGAAGGGAACGCUAUCACGCCGAGAUAUGCACCUGUGGGGGCUGCUGUUGAGGCGACCUCCACGAACCAGACUGACGCCACGCACGCAACGCCGCCAGAGGUCACAACAGCGUCCACUGCCAAGAGGGCCGGUGAGCCGCCAAUAACGGCUGAGUAG